AUGGCUGCGCUCAAGAAGAAUGAGGAGGAGAAGGGGAUCAAGUACGAAGUCCAACUGACAGCCGCCGCGAUGCCCUCGGUCGACACGGUGAGGGACCUUUUCGCCGCUUCGAGCAAGGACGCCAAGCCGCUGCAACUCGGCUCCAACCCCAUCUUCGGUACAUGCAUCGUGGACCUCGAGGAAAAGCCGGUGAAGAGUGGAGGUGAUGCGGAGAGCCUUCUGCAGGACGCGUUGAAAGCCUCGCCCAAUGCGGAGGAGGCUGUUCUCCUGCAGUUGGUGGUGAAGCAGAUCAAGCGUCCGAGCAGCACGACCACCGAUGUGUCGCUCUCGGCGAUGCAGUUGCUGUUCGUAAAGGAGCGGGGUGACUACCUGGCGGCCCUCCACGAUAAGGACGCGAAGUUGCUGCCCGUCCCACUCUUCAAGGACGCCGUGGGGGGAAACAGCUGCACGCUGGUCGUCGCCGCCGUGUCGGGGGGUGAUGCUGUUGGGGAGACGAACAUCCUCAAGAAUGUGUUGAGGCUGCGGAAGGUGAAGAAUUCCCCCUCGCGCAGUGGCAAUCUCACCCGCUUCGUGGAGUUCACAAAGGAGCAGGAGAGGAAGUGU